AUGGCUACAGGUAACAUCUCUUGGUCAGAUCAUGCAGAUAUCACCAUGAUAAUCCAUAUUCCAGACCUUGUCCACCCAUGGUCCUGGUGCAUAAAUCUCCUGCUGAUGCAGGACAAACCUACAACUCACAUAAUCGCUGCUCGCAUAAAAGAAUACUUUGAGACAAACUCCACCCCAGAAGUAUCUCCAGCAACAAACUGGGACACCCACAAAGCAAAAAUUCGGGGGACCCUCAUCUCCCUAGCAAUGUCCCUGAAAAAGCGACGCAUACAAAACAUAACCAAUGAAGAGCUGAAGAGACUUGAAACAUUACAUAAGCAACAACCUUCAGAAUACCUACUCUUACAAAACCUUGGAAGUCUUAAAGUUUCUGACAGCGACUGA